AUGGCUGAAGAAGCAGCCAUUGCAGUCAUCUCCUUCGACAAGUUUAUCAACGGCAGCGAAGCAGAGAAAUGCUCUGUUGCUAAGCAAAUCUACGAUAGUUUUUCCACUGUCGGGUGGGUGUAUCUAAAAGAUCACGGUAUACCACAAGAGCGAGUUGAUGGGAUAUUCAGGCUUGCCAAAUCCUUCUUCGAUCUCCCUUUGGAGAAGAAAUACACCUGGCGCCUCAGCGAUGCAGAGAUAAAUCAAGGCUAUACUGGCGAUGGCGACGAAGCAAACGGAGGGAUAGACCACAAAGAAUGUUACGAGCACCGCCGCUUCAGAAAUCCUUGCUGUCCCACAGAUGACGAUCUUCCUGGGUUUGGCAAGACGUUAGACGAAUUCUACGGACAAUGCUACAACCUUGGCAUGAAUGUACUGAGGUGUCUUGCAAUGGCCAUGGAUCUCGGAGACGACUUCUUCGACCACAUUACCAAGCGAGCGGAUCCGCAGCUCCGUCUUUUGCGGUACCCAUGUAUUGAGAAAAAGAUCAUUGAACAAGCAGGACAUGCACGCAUCAUUCCACACACCGACUUUGGCCUCUGCACCCUGUUGUUCCAAGACAGCGUCGGCGGCCUCGAAGUCGACCCUUUCCACACAGGCGAUUUCAAGGCUGCUGUGCCCGUUCCAGGCACUGUACUCAUAAACAUUGCCGAUCUGCUUCAGCGGCUAACCAAUGAUCGUUGCCGAAGCACCAUGCAUCGCGUUGUCAGCCCAAAAGUAUCAGGGGACGUGCUUCCAGAGAGGUUCUCGAUACCCUUCUUCAUUCAUCCGGACCCAGAGGUGCUGAUCGAUCCGAUACUGAAGGAGAAGGGUGAGGUGAAGCGAUACGAGCCGGUCAACGCGGGAGAAUGGCGGAUAUGGAACACAAGGAAGAAUUAUCAGACGCUGACUACGUAGAUGUUUUUCAUUUAACACCGCUGUGAUUCUUGUCAAGACGUCUGCACUUGGACUGGCACAGACAGCCGAAGGGCGCAUGUUCGACUCUGUGAGACGUAUCGGAUUGGGUCGCCCUGUCAGUCGCAC